GUUGCUUAGUUGCUACUCUCGAAAACCUCUCGAUAGCUGCAGCUGCUUUUGUGUAGUAACUAGUGACUUGUUAUUUGUUAAAUUUUGAUUUUGCCGUUGACGGUUUUUUUGUCGACAGUGUUUUGUCGUUUGAUAGAUUUUCUGCACGGUUAUUAUUAAUUGGAUACCGCUGUCGAAGAUCAAAUACGUUCCGCUCAAACGACCAAGACCACUUUUGUACUUUCGCACAAUGUCCAGGAAGAGCAAUUUGUUAGUGAAAAACACAAGCAUGAGCCUUCACGACAGAUUCACACAAAUACAGCAAAAAGCAAAAAGUGUCGGCGAAGAAGAUCUUAUCAGAAAAAGACAUCGGCUAUCGUUGAACAUGGAACGCAGGCCCGAAUUGCCGUCCACACUGUUCAUGAACCAGGAAUACCCGAGUAGAGAAUGUCUGCGUGUGCCGCCGCCGAUCCUUGCGAGAGCCGACGAUUGUAUGUUCAGUGGAAUCAUGCGCGACAUAAUGAGGCCGGUCGAAAGAGUGAACAUACCCGUUCACGAACGACUGGCAUUGAACAGAGUUCCCUUAGUCGAAGAAAGGUCUUCUAGAAGGUCUAGAAGAAGAAGAGGUACCAAAGCAAAGUCAAGAGGAUCUGUAAAAGCUUUAAAAAGUGAUUCGAAUCCGACCGAAAUUAACAAACCAAAAAAUAAAAACCGGACAUCGAAACAAAGAGAUGCAUUUCCAAGAAAAGAACAUCCGGUUUCCAAAGAAGAUUUAGACAAACAACUAGAUCAAUUUAUGUCGCACACUAAACAAAAAAGGGACGAAGAACUGAGUAGAGUAAUAAAUAAGAAACAGAAUAAUAUGUUGUAACAAUAUUGACUUUAUUUUGAAGAUACUAUUUUUUUUUUGUUGUUUAGUUUUGAGUAAAUCUCAUACUUGUAAUACAAAACUGCAUGUUGUUUGUUAUUCACGUGAAAAUUAUGUAUUUGUAAACUUUAUUUUUGAAAAUUGUAAUGACUCGUUAAGUUAAGGAAAACAUUAUUUUGUAUUAUAAUUUCAUCCGUAUAUAAAUAUUAGACAUUAGAUAUUAAGAAUGACAUUUAAAAAGUAUUUAUGAAAACUCUCGAUACUCGUCAACUUUAUUGUUUUUUUUUCCUUUUUGUUUAUCUUAAUAAAUAAGUUUACCCAUAAUAAUUUGUAAUAAAUUUAAAUAAUGUCGACACUUAUUAUUGAUGACCAAGUACAUUACCGAUUCGUUGUUCUUGAUAAUAUAUAUAUAUAAAGAAGAAUCUUUCGUUCAUGUUAGAAUGAAUUCAUCGAGUACUAUUAUUUAAAUUAUAAUUAUUGUUGUCUGUGUGUAGCUUGUAAAACUUCUAGAAAAAAUUUAAACAAGCAGUUGAAUUAUAUUAAUAACAAAUAAUUUAUUAAAACUACCAUUCUGUUCUCAUCCAAAGUGAAAAUAAUUUUAGUUGAAUGUAUACAUUUUUUUUCUGCAUUUAUAUAACCAAUUGCAAAUAACCUACCAAACAAAAUCGGUGUUUCGGGUAAAUAUUUCUCAAGUUGGUCAUCCAACUUUGGACAUGCCAAAUGUCCAAUAAAAGAAUAGUGUGAUAACCUAUUUUUUUUUUUUU